AUGACCCCACUAGACAAGGUUGUCAACGAAAUAUUACCGACAGUGUUACGAUCAUCAGUUAUUUCAUCUAUAUCUCUUAAGAUGAGUUCACCAAUAAUGUUUAAACGUGAACGUGAUAGUCGUGAACGCCGUUUUACACGCAACAAUCGUUCUCGAUCUCGUUCACCUAUUUCAAGUAGUGUCAACAUCAAAUCCGCAUCCAAAUCACCGUCAUCUAUUCAACAACCGUCAUCAACAAUAAUAAAACGUAAAAGUGAAGAUCCAAGUGAUCGUGAUGAAUCAACGCAAGUGACAACAACGCCUCAGAAACAUCGACAUCGACAUCAUCAUAAAUCCAGUAAAAGUGAACAAGCACGUUUAGCAGCAGCUGAACAAGCACGUUUGGCAGCUGCUGCACAAGCAGCCGAAUCUGAUGAUGAAGGUUCAGCUAGUUUGUCUGAAUCACACGGUGAAAUGUCUGAAAGUGAAAUAUCAGAACAAGAAUUAUCAUCAUCAGAAAAUGAAUCAAAUGAUGAAGAAGGAAUGAUUGAAGGAGGUCAUUCGUCAUCGAGAAAAAGGCAACGAACAUCAAAUAAUCAGUCGAAUAACCAACAGAAACAACAGCAGAAUUCUGGACAGCAACAAACGGGAAAAGGCACUCAAUUAAUUGUCAAUUAUUUACCAUCUUCAUUGCGUGAAUCUGAUUUUUAUCAAUUAUUUGCUCGUAUGGGCUCGGUGAAAUUGUGUAAACUAGUUACCGAUCGAUCAACCGGUCACAGUAUGGGUUAUGGUUUUAUUGAAUAUGUUACACCAGAAGAUGCUAUUAAAGCCAUUGAUAAAUAUAAUGGAUAUCGAAUUGAACAUAAAACAUUAAAAGUCAGUUAUGCACAACCAAAAAGCGGUGGGACAUCAUCUGGUGGCUCUUCUCAAAGUGAUGGACCGGUGAUUAAAAAUGCAAAUUUGUAUCUUAAAGAUUUACCUGAUGAAUAUGAUGAACAAACUUUGGAAAGAAUGUUUUCAAAAUAUGGUGAUAUAGUAAAAACAAAAAUAUUAAGAGAUCCUCGAACAAGAAUAUCGCGAGGUGUAGGCUUCGUUUUAAUGGCUAGUAAACAGUAUGCUGAACGAGCCGUAGAAGCUCUUGAUGGUUAUGUCCCAUCAGGUUCUCGAAUACCAAUUAGUGUCAAAUUUGCUGAUCCAAAAAAGAUGAAUGCUGGUCGAACAACAUCAUUACCCAUUCCAAGCUAUCCAGGUGGUCUGCCGUCACAAUUAGCACCCGCUAUGCUUGAUCCAUAUUAUCAUCGAGCAAUGUUAUCUCCCUCUCCACCUUAUCAUCGAUCGGCAGCUCCUUAUGAAACAUCAUCAAGAUCUCGAGGUGGAACAAGUAGUUUACGUUUACCGCGAUCCUAUAGUGCAAGUCGUUAUAGUCCGAGUGUAUUAGCUGCAGCUGUUUCCGAUUUUACUGGUGGUGGACGUAGUGGUGGCGCUUCUAAUGGUGCUUUAGCAGCGGCUGCUCAACUAAUUGCUAGUGGUUAUCAAGAAGCAAUUGAUCCAAAUGGUUUCGUUAUUUAUGCAUUUGGUUUACCUCAUGAAUGUGAUGAAAAUGAUCUAGAAGACUUGUUUCGAUGUAAAAAUGAUUUUGAUGUUUAUAGGGUAUUUAUUGUUCGAAAUUAUACAACGGGCGAAUCGAAAGGAUAUGCAUUUAUAACAAUGAGAAAUUAUGAUGAAGCAUGUUAUGCAAUUGAAAAACUCGAUGGAAGCACCUUUAAAGGACGAACAUUACAAGUUAGAUUUAAAAGAUAA